CCGCGCCAAGAUGGCGCCGCCCACGCCGCUGCUCGCGGUGAGAGGGUCUGAAGGGCUGUACAUGGUGAACGGGCCCCCCAGUUUCACAGAGAGCUCGGCCUUCCAGAGGGUCUCUGGAAAAAAUUGCAAAGCUGUUGCUUUUAGCAAGGAUGGCUCUCUCUUUGCCUGGUGCAAUGGAGAAAAAGUAAACGUUGUUAAUGUCACCAGAGCUGAGUUACUGCGUUCCUUUGAUCUCCCAAAGGCAGUUUGCCUUGAAUUCUCUCCAAAGAACAACGUUCUGGCCACGUGGCAGGCCUAUGCAGCUGGGAAGGAUGGCACGGCGGGGGUGCCCAACCUGCAGCUCCAUGAUCUGAGAACCGGAAAAUGCCUCAAGUCCUUCAUCCAGAAAAAGAUGCAGAACUGGUGUCCUUGCUGGGCAGAUGAUGAGAGCAUUUGUGCCAGGAAUGUGAACAAUGAAGUGCACUUCUUUGAAAACAACAACUUCAACACCAUUGCAAACAAGCUGCACUUACAGAAGGUCAGUGAUUUUGUGUUGUCCCCAGGAGCACAGCCAACCAAGGUCGCUGUGUAUGUCCCGGGCAGCAAAGGGGCCCCGUCCUUCGUGCGGCUCUACCAGUACCCCAACUUCGGGGGCCCGCAGUCGGCGCUGGCCAACAAGAGCUUCUUCAAGGCUGACAGGGUGACGAUGCUGUGGAACAAAAAAGCCACGGCCGUGCUGGUGGUGGCCAGUACCGAGGUGGACAAAACGGGGGCAUCGUACUACGGGGAGCAGACCCUGCACUACAUCGCGGCCAACGGGGAGAGCGCCGUCGUGCAGCUGCCAAAAAACGGCCCUAUUUAUGAUGUUGCCUGGAGCCCCAAUUCUCUCGAGUUCUGUGCUGUGUAUGGUUUCAUGCCUGCCAAAGCCACAAUUUUUAACCUGAAAUGUGACCCUGUGUUUGAUUUUGGCACCGGGCCUCGCAACGCCGCCUACUACAGCCCCCACGGACACAUCCUGGUGCUGGCAGGGUUUGGGAACCUCAGGGGGCAGAUGGAAGUGUGGGAUGUUAAAAACUACAAACUCAUUUCCAAGCCCGUGGCCUCGGACUCCACGUACUUCGCGUGGUGUCCCGACGGGGAGCACAUCGUGACAGCCACGUGUGCCCCUCGGCUGCGGGUCGGCAACGGGUACAAGGUGUGGCACUACACGGGCUCUGUGCUGCACACCCACGAGGUGCCAGCCAACGAGGAGAUGUGGCAGGUGUCCUGGCAGCCCUUCCCGGACGGGGUGUUCCCGGAGAGGGCGGUGAGGUACCAGGCGGUGCCCAGCGAGGUGCCCGGUGCGGAGCCGAAGCCUGCGCAGGCCUACAGACCUCCUGCCCUGAGGAACAAGCCCGUCACCAGCUCCAAGCUCCACGAGGACGAGCCACCCCAGAACAUGAAACCCCCUUUGGGAGGUGGUGAUAAGCCACUGUCCAAAACAGCUCUCAAAAAUCAGAGGAAACACGAAGCAAAGAAAGCUGCUAAACAGGAGGCCAAAGCUGAUGGGAACCAGGGCCCUGCCCAGGCCCCGGCGCCACAGAACACCCCACGGAACGCUGUGCCUGCCACCACCACAGGAGAUCCUGAAGUGGACAAGAAGAUAAAGAAUUUGAAAAAGAAGCUAAAGGCAAUUGAGCAGCUGAAAGAACAGGCAGCUGCCGGCAAACAGCUUGAGAAGAAUCAGGUAGAGAAGAUUCAGAAAGAAGCUGCUCUCCUUAAAGAACUGGAAGAUCUAGAACUGGGUGUUUAAAACUUGCUGGAGCUCCAGUGUGGCGCUGACACGCAGUUCAUGCAAAAUGUAGUUUAUUAUUAACUUGAACACAGUAAAACGUUUCAGCAAAAAACUAAGGGUGCGAAAGUCCACAGCAACGCACAUUUGCCUUUAAAAAAAGUUUUCCUAAAGAUCUGUGCACUUGUGAAACCGUAAAGUGAUGAAUAUCCAUCAGCCAGUUCUGCUGCUGUUCCAACCAGAAAUGUGCUCCUUUUCCGGAGCAUAUUGCCUAAAAUAGACUGGUUUUCCUUGUUCGGGUGUGAGGGGAGGGAAGCCGAUGAAAACAUUUGAUAGCUUUAUUAUAUUUAAAAAGAGAUGCGGUCUUUAUGCAAUAACGGAAUGUAGAUAAAAAAUAAAGAGCAUUUAAUAGUAAAGAA